CACAAUUAAAAAUGCAAAUGUCCGUUCCUAUGAUGAAGUACCCGGUCCCUGGGGUUUACCUUUGAUUGGUAAUUCUUGGCGUUUUGCCCCGCUCAUAGGCCACUACAAAAUCAGUGAUCUGGAUAAGGUAAUGAAGGAGCUGCACAUUAAUUAUGGUAAAAUAGCCAAAGUUGGUGGACUAAUUGGCCAUCCGGAUUUGCUGUUCGUUUUCGAUGGCGAUGAAAUACGAAAUAUAUUCAAAAAGGAGGAGGCAAUGCCACAUAGACCCUCCAUGCCCUCGCUGAGAAGAUACAAAGGUGUGUUGAGAAAGGACUUCUUCGGAGAUGUUGCAGGGCUAAUUGGAGUGCAUGGUAAAAGUUGGGAAUCAUUCCGCCAAGAGGUUCAACAGAUCCUCUUACAGCCUCAGACAACAAAAAAAUAUAUACCUCCACUUAAUGAUAUUGCCAGUGAGUUUAUGGUGAGAAUUCAUGAAAUGCGUGAUGAAAAUAAUGAAUUACCCGGAAAUUUUCUGCACGAACUAUACAAAUGGGCUUUGGAAUCUGUGGGUCGUGUUGCCUUAGAUACCCGCUUGGGAUGUCUAUCACCCGAGGGUAAUGAAGAGUCACAAAAAAUUAUCAAUUGCAUUAACACAUUCUUUUGGGCUGUGCCCGAGUUGGAGUUGAGAAUGCCAUUGUGGAGAUUUUAUCCCACCAAGGCAUAUCGUAGCUUUAUCAAGGCUUUGGAUGAUUUUACAGAAAUCUGCAUGAAAAACAUUAGUCGCACCAUGGAUGCUGCCGAUUCGUGCACAAAUUUAAACAGAGCGGAAGCUGAUAUCAGUAUCGUGGAGCGUAUUGUACGUAAAACAGGCAAUCGUAAAUUAGCAGCUGUAUUGGCCUUGGAUCUCUUUUUAGUGGGUGUCGAUACGACUUCUGUGGCUGUUUCCUCCACCAUUUAUCAAUUGGCCAAAAAUCCCGAUAAACAACAAAAACUUUUCGCCGAACUGCAAAAAGUCUUUCCCAGUUCACAUGAAGCGGAAAUUAAUCAAAAUGUCCUUGAGCAGAUACCAUAUUUAAGGGCAUGUGUCAAGGAAACUUUAAGAAUGUAUCCCGUUGUCAUUGCCAAUGGUCGUAGCCUACAAUCGGAUGCCAUUAUCAAUGGCUAUCAUAUACCAAAGGGUACAAAUGUCAUAUUUCCCCAUUUGGUUGUGUCAAAUGAUCCAGCAUAUUUUCCAGAACCGAAAGCAUUUCAACCGGAACGUUGGCUUAAACAGAAUGAAACAACAGCAAAUCAACAGAGUAAAUGUCCACAUCAUGAUGGCCACAAAAUACAUCCCUUUGUUAGUUUACCAUUUGGUUAUGGGCGUCGCAUGUGUGUCGGACGACGUUUUGCGGAAAUCGAAUUACAUACUCUGUUGGCAAAGAUCUUCCGCAAAUACAAAGUCGAAUACAAUCAUGGCGAACUGGAGUAUAAAGUCAACUCAACCUAUAUUCCCGAAUCACCGUUGAAUUUUAAAUUAACUGUCAGAGAUGAGUAA